GUCCCGCAACCCAGCAUGGCUUCAGGGGACCUUUACGAGGUAGAGAGGAUUGUAGACAAAAGGAAGAACAAGAAGGGCAAAUGGGAAUAUCUCAUCAGGUGGAAAGGCUAUGGAAGCAAUGAGGACACCUGGGAACCUGAACAUCAUCUACUACAUUGUGAGGAAUUUAUUGAUGAGUUCAAUGGACUACAUGUUACUAGAGAAAAGCGAUCAAGACAUGGGAAACAGGCCAGCGCUCCAAAAUUUUUACGGGAAAGCCGAGGGUCAUCUGUUGAGAAAAUAUCACAUAGACCUUCUGAAUCUGGGAAGUCUAAAGCGUCAACACACAAAAGGAAGAGAAUUAAUCCAUCUCUUCAAAAACAGAAAAGAGGAUACGCAGCAAAGCCAGCAUCUGCUAAUGACAGGGCUGCUAAAACUGUGACUUACCGAACUACUCCCAGCGGUUUACAGAUCAUGCCACUGAAAAAGCCACAUAAUGGUCUGCAGAAUGGAGAUGGCAGUCAUGAAAAAGAUUCUAGACACUUUGGGAAUGGCUCACAACAGCAAAACAUGGAUUUAAAUGAUCAUGAAGGAGAACAAAAUUUGCCCAGCGUGUUGGAAGCUAGUAAUGAUUCACCUGUUGUGAAUGGAAUUGGUUCUUCUCUGGCCAAUGGAAGCUUGAAUCUACACAGCACUGUGAAAAGGAAACUAGAUGGGGAGAAAGAUUAUGUCUUCGAUAAGAGACUAAGAUACAGCGUGCGUCAAAACGAAAGUAACUGCCGGUUCAGGGACAUUGUAGUCCGGAAAGAAGAUGGUUUCACACAUAUUUUGCUGUCGAGUCAGACUUCAGAUAACAAUGCACUGACCCCAGAGAUCAUGAAGGAAGUUCGGAGAGCAUUGUGCAAUGCAUCAGCUGAUGACAGUAAACUCUUACUUCUCAGCGCAGUGGGAAGUGUAUUCUGUAGUGGCCUAGAUUACUCAUAUUUAAUUGGCAGGUUAUCCAAUGACAGAAGAAAGGAAAGCACUAGGAUUGCAGAAGCUAUAAGGGAUUUUGUAAAAGCUUUUAUUCAAUUUAAGAAGCCAAUUGUGGUUGCUAUCAACGGCCCUGCUCUUGGGUUAGGAGCUUCUAUUUUACCACUAUGUGAUAUCGUUUGGGCAAGUGAGAAGGCAUGGUUUCAGACACCAUAUGCUACAAUCCGACUCACUCCAGCUGGCUGCUCAUCAUACACAUUCCCGCAAAUUCUGGGUGUUGCACUGGCAAACGAAAUGUUAUUCUGUGGGAGAAAGCUGACAGCACAGGAAGCCUGCAGCAGAGGACUAGUGUCACAAGUAUUUUGGCCAACAACAUUUAGCCAAGAAGUGAUGCUACGAGUGAAAGAAAUGGCAUCCUGCAGUGCAGUGGUGUUGGAAGAGUCCAAAUGUCUCGUGCGGAGCUUCCUGAAAUCCGGACUUGAAGAUGUGAAUGAGAAAGAGUGUCAGAUGUUAAAACAGCUGUGGAGUUCUUCCAAAGGACUGGAUUCAUUAUUCAGCUACUUGCAAGACAAAAUUUACGAAGUCUGAUGUCUUGGCCUAACUUAAAGAGAAAAUGCUCCACUUGUGAACAGAGUCAAACAUUACCUGUGUUUGAAAAGCAGAGGCAAUGCAUCAAUGAGGAAUUUGUGACAGUGUAUCCUAAUACAUAUGGUUGUGUCGAUUUCCUUGUGAGCUACACAGCUGCUUGUAGCUGGUUUGAUUUUGUGUAACCGAGAAGUAGGCAGGCUUGUUCAGUGCACAUAAUCUCUGCAGAGGGCUGCAUCUUUCACAUUGCUCAUCCAGAUAAAAGUAUACAUUCCAUGUGCUGAGAAGCACCACUGAGGCCCAAUAAGGCACACCAUCUGUAAUGAUUUAUUUUGUCUGUCCUUCUUAACUUAUUCUUGCUGUUGCAACACAUCUGGGCUGACACAGAGGGCUCAAUCUAAAAACUGGGUCAGCACAAUAUUUUGUAGACCCAAACACCAUACUUUAGAAAUAUUUUAAUUAUUUUUUCUAAGUUCUAACAGUGUAAUGGAAAAAUCUGAUAAUUUAUA